CUUUAAGGUGGGGAAAGAGACAAACAGGAGACAGGAAGCUGAUCUGCAAGGAUUCGGAGUUGUGCUAAAAGGACUUGAUUUUUUUCCCCCUUUACAAACGCUGGCAAUUGACAUCACUACAGACAGCCUGGUUAGAGAACAAACUGCCUCUUCCCAAGUGGACCCUGGCAGCUGGGGGAAGCCAGGAAAGAUCUGGAGAGGCUGUGUGUGGGGUUUUUUCUACAGAUCUCACUCCCCACCCUUUUUUUUUUUUUUUUUUUUGGUGUGUGUGCUUUUUGUUUUGUUUUGUUUUGUUUUUUUUAAAGAAAUUCUUGCUGUGUUGGAACUAGCGAGUGGUGGAGUCUCUGAAGCCUCAUCAGUCAUCGGGACUGUCAGGAAUAGUGGUUUAAGAGGAAGCUCGGCCUGGGGCACUAUACCCUGUCAUCCAGUUCCCUGCCUCGGAGAUAAAGAUUCCAGCUACAUGGGCAAACGCCUGGAUCAGCCACAAAUGUACCCCCAGUACACUUACUACUAUCCUCAUUAUCUCCAAACCAAGCAGUCCUAUGCACCAGCUCCCCACCCCAUGGCUCCUCCCAGCCCCAGCACAAACAGCAGCAGCAACAACAGCAGCAACAACAGCAGCGGGGAACAGUUGAGUAAAACCAACCUGUACAUUCGAGGCCUCCCGCCAGGCACUACUGACCAGGACCUAAUCAAGCUGUGCCAACCGUAUGGAAAAAUUGUAUCCACAAAGGCAAUUCUUGACAAAAAUACAAAUCAGUGCAAAGGUUAUGGUUUUGUAGAUUUUGACAGUCCCGCAGCUGCACAGAAAGCGGUAGCAUCUCUCAAGGCAAAUGGCGUGCAGGCACAGAUGGCCAAGCAACAAGAGCAAGACCCAACGAACUUAUACAUCUCAAAUCUCCCCAUUUCCAUGGAUGAGCAGGAACUCGAGAAUAUGCUGAAACCCUUCGGACAUGUCAUUUCCACAAGAAUACUAAGAGAUGCUAAUGGAGUCAGCAGAGGUGUUGGCUUUGCCAGAAUGGAGUCUACUGAAAAAUGUGAAGUGGUAAUUCAACAUUUUAAUGGAAAAUACCUGAAAACACCACCAGGCAUCCCAGCCCCCAGUGAGCCUUUACUGUGCAAAUUUGCCGACGGAGGACAAAAGAAGCGACAGAAUCAAAGCAAAUAUACUCAGAAUGGGAGGCCUUGGCCCAGGGAAGGAGAGGUACUCAGAGGCAGGACUGUCCCUAGGCAAAAUCAUAAAGCUGGCAUGGCUCUGACCUAUGACCCCACAGCUGCCAUACAGAAUGGAUUUUAUUCUUCACCGUACAGUAUUGCAACCAACCGCAUGAUUCCACAGACAUCUAUCACGCCAUUCAUUGCUGCUUCCCCUGUCUCCACAUACCAGGUCCAGAGCACUUCAUGGAUGCCUCAUCCGCCAUACGUUAUGCAACCAACAGGUGCUGUGAUUACACCAACAAUGGACCAUCCUAUGUCAAUGCAGCCAGCAAACAUGAUGGGCCCCCUGACACAGCAGAUGAAUCACCUUUCAUUGGGCACAACAGGAACGUAUAUGACUGCUGCUGCUCCUAUGCAAGGGACCUACAUUCCCCAGUACACGCCUGUGCCUCCGACAGCUGUUUCUAUUGAAGGUGUUGUUACUGAUACCUCUCCCCAGACAGUGGCACCUUCAUCCCAGGACACCAGUGGUCAGCAGCAACAGAUAGCAGUGGACACAUCCAACGAACAUGCACCCGCAUAUUCUUACCAACAGUCAAAGUAAGUUUGUGCUGUGCUAAGCUCUUUUCCCCAAGAUCAACCACCUUGAAGUCACUUUUUCAUUUGUAUCUGUUAGCCUUUGCUAAAAUAUAAACUACCUCAAACUUA